AUGCCCAUAACACCACGCCAAGUGAAUGAGGGCGUGCUAAAGGGUGUCGUUUAUUUCGGACUCACCUUCGAUAUCAAGGAGGAUAUUGAUCGUGUUCUCCCUGCUCAUGACAAGUUUGUUCAGUCAAUGCAAAAGCUUGCCGCUGAUCAGAACUUAUAUGAUCCUACUACCGGCGGGACAGAAAUUGCCUCCGAAGUAGAGGCCCAUAAACAGCGCUUCGGUCUCGAGUUCUACAGAAGUACCGAUAAUUAUGUGCUCUAA